AUGUCAUCAGAAGCUUCUGUUUCAUAUGCUGCUUUGAUUUUAGCUGACGCUGGAGUCGAAAUUACCUCAGACAACUUAUUGAGUGUCACUAAGGCCGCUGGUGCAUCUAUCGACAACAUUUGGGCCGAUGUCUAUGCCAAAGCUUUAGAGGGUAGAGACUUAAAAGAAUUAUUAUUCUCUUUUGCUGCCUCUGCUCCUGCUAGUGGUUCUGCUCCAGCUGCUGGUGCUGCUGGUGCGGCAUCGGGUGAGGCACCUGCCGAAGAAAAGGAAGAAGAGGCUGCAGAAGAAUCAGACGAUGAUAUGGGAUUCGGAUUAUUUGAUUAA